AUGAGGUCUCGUAGUGUGGAGCCCUUGAUCCAAAGGCUGCCACCCCUUAAAAGAGCCGCUAGUCUUACAGAGGCUGAGGCACGUCGGGCAUUGCGCUGUCUUCACGAGUUUUCCUAUUACCCAAUCCCAGAUGUGUUAGGACAGGAGGUGCCCAGGAAGACGCAGGACGAUCCCGUGCUAGACUCUGGUUAUGUCUCGGAAAACGAAGCCGAUGAGAUAGCCAACGAGAACAAGGCCAUAUCCCUGUAUCUGGAACCGCUAGAACGCGACUUUGCUGUGCGAUGGCUUACCGGAUUUGUUGGACAAGCCUGGGAACUCCCUCUGGAUGAUGAUAAUCGAGAUGGCUUUGUGGAUGCGGCAUGUUCGCUGCUGUCGCAUCUGACUUCGACCGAGAAUGGCUGCAGUACGAAUGACGAGGAGGAUCUUGGCAUGACGCGGCGAUUUGAGUUUUCGACGGGUGACGACGCCAAACUACUUGUUGUUGAUCUCUACGACACUCCCAUGCAAACAGGAGAAGAUCAUACCGAUGUUGGCUUGCAGACUUGGGGAGCAUCCAUCGCAUUCUCACAGAUGCUUUGCACCGCGCCAUCAGACUUUAACUUGGAUCGGAGAACGCUUGCUUCCUCCACACGAAUCGUUGAGCUUGGGGCCGGCACAGGCCUUGUGAGCAUGGUGCUUGCAAGCCUCCUGCCCUCAAUAGCUGAUUCACUCCCAUCCAUCGUCGCAACAGACUACCAUCCAACUGUUCUAAAGAACCUGGAAAGAAAUGCCGCCUCUCUCAGCUCUAGAUCGGAACCCGCCGCAUCGAUGCAAGUCGCCCAUCUCGAUUGGUGUGCUCCAACGCGUGAGCCUCCGCUGGAUGUGUUGGCAGAUAUUGUUAUCGCCGCAGAUGUUGUCUACGCUGCGGAACAUGCUCGUUGGCUUCGCCAUUGUGCCGCUUAUAUCCUCGCGCCUGAAGGUGUCUUCUGGCUGAUGGUAUCUAUCCGACCAAAUGGCAAAUUCGAAGGCGUUUGCGAUUCAAUUGAGGCCAUAUUUUCUGAAAAUAAUACGGAUGCUGCAGACAGCUGUCAGCAUCUAAGGAUCUUGAGCAAGCAGUGGAUUGAUAAGAAGCAAAGUAUCGGACGAGCUGAUGAAGUCGGAUAUAGGCUCUUCAAGAUUGGCUGGGUAUAA